AUGCAUUACACAUGCAACGUCGCAUGCAGUAGACUCAGUGGUAGGGCUAAAAAGUGGUCUUACACCCUAGGUUCCAUAGUCCUGUUUAACCAUUUUGUUGAACGUUUUCGACGACAUUUUUGGUGUCCGAUUAAACAAGAAAAAGUACGUCAAGAAUUCUACCGCCCACAUUAUCAUCAGGAUACAUCGAGUCUACAAGAACAUACCAUUGAUUGGAUCAACAAAGUUCGGUAUUUAUACCCUCCUAUUCCGGAGACGGAGAAGAUUGAAAGACUACUAUCGCACUAUCCCCGAUCGAUUUCCAACACAAUUCGUAACCUUCGACUACAAACUGUGGAUGAGUUAGUUAAUGAAAUCAGUUAUUAUGAAUAUACUCCCAAGCCGAUGAAUAACAAUCAAAAUAAUCAACUCAGUAUCAAUAGUGCGACAAAUCGUGACGGUAAUGAGGUCAGUAACGCUAACAAUUCAUCUCAAGAUAACGGUAAUAUGAAUGAUAAUUCUCGAUAUCAUGGGUGA